AACAACAAGAAGUACAGAAACUCGUUGUCGUGUAAUAAAACGGCGAGUAAAACAGUUUACCAAUUGAAGAGGAUCGCUUCUAUGGCCUUUUAAAACCCUAGUAGACUUCUUAAUUCCUCUUUUUUUCUCAAUCUAGAACACGAUAGCAAAGAGUUAGAGGUUGGUGAUUGAGCUAUUGAAGGAUGCUUGUGUUGUUUGAGACGCCGGCGGGCUUUGCCCUCUUCAAAGUUUUGGAUGAAGGGAAGCUAUCUAAAGUCGAGGACUUAUGGAAAGAAUUUUCCACGGCAGACUCAGCAAGAAAGGUUGUCAAGCUGAAAGCUUUUUCCAAGUUUGAGAAUACAUCAGAAGCGUUAGAAGCAGCAACAAAAAUAAUUGAAGGCACUGCUAGCAAAGGUUUGCGCAAGUUUUUACGUGCUCAUUGUGAGGGUGAAAUCCUAGCCGUGGCUGAUUCAAAGCUUGGAAACGCAAUCAAAGAAAAACUGAAAAUAGAAUGUGUUCACAACAAUGCCAUCAUGGAACUGAUGAGGGGUGUUAGGAGUCAGUUGACUGAACUCAUAACUGGUCUAGGUGCUCAAGAUUUGGCACCAAUGAGCUUGGGUUUAUCGCAUAGUCUGUCUAGGUACAAACUGAAGUUCAGUCCUGACAAGGUUGAUACAAUGAUCAUUCAAGCUAUUGGUUUGCUUGAUGAUCUUGAUAAGGAGCUCAACACAUUUGCAAUGAGAGUUAGAGAAUGGUAUGGUUGGCAUUUUCCUGAACUUGCUAAGAUUGUACAAGACAACAUCCUCUAUGCCAAAGCAGUGAAACUGAUGGGUAGCCGUGAGAAUGCUGUCAAGCUUGAUUUCUCUGAGAUAUUACCAGAAGACGUUGAGGCAGAACUGAAGGAAGCAUCUUUAAUAUCUAUGGGAACUGAAGUCAGUGAAGUUGAUUUGAUGAACAUUAGAGAGCUGUGUGACCAGGUUUUAUCUUUGGCUGAAUACAGAGCUCAACUGUACGAUUAUCUUAAAAGCAGGAUGAACACCAUCGCACCAAAUUUGACUGCCCUUGUAGGGGAGCUUGUUGGAGCCCGCCUCAUUGCGCAUGGGGGUAGCUUAUUGAAUCUGGCGAAGCAGCCUGGUAGCACAGUUCAGAUUCUUGGGGCAGAAAAGGCUCUUUUCAGAGCUUUAAAGACAAAGCAUUCAACUCCCAAAUAUGGGCUUAUUUUCCAUGCAUCCUUGGUUGGUCAGGCAGCUGCUAAGACGAAGGGGAAAAUUUCCAGAUCCCUAGCUGCUAAAGCAGCACUGGCAAUUCGGUAUGAUGCUUUUGGAGAUGGCCAAGAUAACUCUAUGGGACUGGAAAACCGAGCCAAGCUCGAGGCACGAUUAAGAAAUCUUGAAGGUAGAGAAUUGAGUCGUUCUGCUGGAUCUGCAAAAGGCAAACCAAAGAUAGAAGCUUAUGACAAGGACCGUAAGAAGGGAGCUGGAGGAUUGAUAACUCCUGCCAAGGCUUAUAAUCCUGCUGCAGAUGCGGUUCUUGGGCAAACACCAAAUGCCACUGAUGGGAAUGGAGAAGAAAUUGUUCCAAAAAAGAGAGACAAUGAGGCAGAACCUUCUAUUGUGGGGGCAGCAACAGAAGAUGGUCCAGUAACUUGUGAGCAGAAGAAGGAAAAGAAGAAGAAAAAGAAAAAAACUGAUGAAGAGGAAACAGCUGUGCCAAAUGAUGCAAAUGGCACUUCCCAGCAAGAAAAUGAAGGGGAGGCAAAGAAAGAAAAGAAGAAAAAGAAGCAGCAUAAAGCUGAAAUUGAUGAUGUGCAAAAUGGCAGUGAGAAUAUUGAUGCAGGAGAAAAGAAGAAAAAGAAGCGAAAGCAUGCUGAACAAGACGAAGAGUCUGAAAUUCCAAGCAAGAAGAAAGAGAAAAAGAAAAGAAAAAGUGAGAAUUGAGAAAAUUUGGAAAUUUGAGGUUAAAGGCUACUUGGCAAUUUUGGAGAAAUUAAGUAGCUACUCCUGACUUCUCUCUACUGUACAACUUUUUUUUUUAUCCUUUUCUUAGGUUCAUCCAUGUGGCUUCUUAACUUAUUUCCAAUGUAUUUUUCAAAUUUAUUAUGGGCUUGAUGAGUUGUUCUGUCAGAAGUGGACAUAUUAUGAAAAUUAUAUUUGGCAAAUUAUUUGCAUAUUCAAGACUUCAAA